AUAGUUGGGCUGCUUCUGCCACUUCUAGCCGUGUUUCCAAGGCGAUGUGGUAUAUGAAGUGUAUCUGAACAGACAAAUAUAUCGCCACAUUGUAUACUGAGCAAUUUGAAGUGCCUUAUUACUUAUUACCCAUUCUUAUAAUUGCUCAUUGAUGUUUAAAUUGAUGUUUUAUAUUUUCAGUUGAUGAAAUCUUUGUUAGAUGGUGGUGCAAUUUAAGGUGACAGUCAUAGAUGUAGAAAAGCACAAGAUCAUCUAAAGUCUAAAAUGUUUAUUUUCUUCUUCGUUGUGGUCGUAGAAGGCAUAGGUUUUGUAAAAGGGGGAAAACGUAUCUAAUUCAUCCCUGGAGGUUUGGAGGGUACUUUAAGGUGUGUGUGUGUGUGUGUGUGUGUGUGUGUGUGUGUGUGUGUGUGUGUGUGUGUGUGUGUGUGUGUGUGUGUGUGUGUGUGUGUGUGUGUGUGUGUGUGUGUGUGUGUGUGUGUGUGUGUGUGUGUGUGUGUGUGUGUGUGUGUGUGUGUGUGUGUGUGUGUGUGUGUGUGUGUGUGUGUGUGUGUGUGUGUGUGUGUGUGCAGGGAUGUCAUGCACCCCAAAAAUGUAUGUGAAGACAGCUGGGGGUGGUCCUGAGAGGGGCUAAUUUGACAUUUUUCAAACGCCUGAAAUAGCUUUUUUUCUGCAGUCUAGAGACAUAAUAAUUAUGCUUCAUUAUAUGUCACAAUGUGUCUAUUUUUCUGCAUAUCUACGCAUACCUCUUGAGCUGUCUGUAUCCUCCUGACUGGUGGUUCUUUUUUUAAACAAACUAAAUAUGCUUCUCUGCAUCUCUGCUAAAAUCUGGGUAAAAGAUUGAAAGGAAUGUGAGUCUUAUUCAGUACAUUUAGAAAACGCUUGCUUUUCUAAAGUCUGCUAACCUUGCCAGCAGGCAUGCCAGCUAAGAUAGUUAGACAAGCUCGCUACUCAAACUUGAUUGCCUGAAGUGGCUUCAUGGUAGCUAUUUAUGCGGUCGGGAGUAAUAUUACAGAGAAAACAACGACAACCACACACACACACACACAACACACACACACACACACACACACACACACACACACACACACACACACACACACACACACACACACACACACACACACACACACACACACAUACAUACAUACAUACAUACAUACAUACAUACAUACAUACAUACAUACAUACAUACAUACAUACAUACAUACAUACAUACAUACAUACAUACAUACCUAUAAAUUCAUUAAACAGGACAAAUCUGAGGGUGGCACCUUUCUCUAUGCCCCCUAUGGGCAUCUCUGUCUGUCUGUCUGUCUGUCUGUCUGUCUGUCUGUCUGUCUGUCUGUCUGUCUGUCUGUCUGUCUGUCUGUCUGUCUGUCUGUCUGUCUGUCUGUACAAAUGAGUGUGUGUGUGCUUUGCUUUGCUUUGCUUUGCUCUAUAAGAGACCCUUAGCAUGUCAAAGCACCAAGUGGCAUCUGUAAAUAAGCACAACCCCAUAGAAACACAAGCCACACAUUGCGUUCAGGGGGUAAGAAACACUAAAGGAUUCAACAAACAAUGUUGCUUCUGUCCUCACCUCACAGUCCCUGUUUGAAAAGUGUCUCAAAAGCAAGUGGCUUCCAAAGACACACUCUGAAAGAUAAAGAUUUACAAGACAAACAUUUAUUUUUGCCUAAACACAUGUAAACACAAUGUGAUCAUCAUACUGUACAUUUUGCAUCACGUUUUAUAAAGCUAUAUCUAUUAUAUUGUUGUACAAAAUCUAGAAUUGAACAGUGUAUCAGUAUGUGUUAGAUGAGACUGCAUCCAGACUGAACAUGUGUUUAUUGAAGGGACAAUAUUAUGGCGGGAAAGAAAGAAACAUUGUUAAGUAAAUGAGAAAACAAAUGCAAUUCUGAGAGAACGGACCACUGCCGUGUGACAUUUAAAACUGAACUAAAGUACACUCAACUGUCCCACUUAACAUUUUUAUUUUUACUCUGUCCCAUGUUUGGGCUUUGUGAGACUGACGAUCAGUCGAAGAGGAGAGUCAAGUGGUAACCUGCUGAAUCUGUAGAGAAAAAAACCCAUUACUGACAAACAAUGAAGUGCUGAUGAUCAGCCAAGGGAUGUGUGUUCGGCAUCCAUUUUGUCUCAACUUGUAAAUGAGUGAUGAGUGGAAAGGGACACAGACUGACCGUAGGGAGAAACUGUGAGACCAGCUGCUACAACAUGCAGUGUAGUAUUGGAAACAUCUGGACCUCUUCCAGAUAUCUGGGGGAAUUGUUAUUGAAACAUAUUCAAAGUCUUGUCUUGAGGGAAUGAACCAUUUUGAACCAUUGUAGGUGCAACUUCAUUUAAAUAUCUCUUCAAAUGGACAAAUGGAAUACAAAUGAUGAAAACUUAUAUGGUGGAAAAUGUAUAUACAGCAGUGUACACUCUUCCAAAAGGGUUCUUCAGCUGUCCCCAUAGGAGAACCCUUUUUGGUUCCAGGGAGAACCCUUUUUGGAUCCAAGUAGAACCCUCUGUGGAAAGGGUCCUACAUGAAACCCAAAAGGGCUCUGUCUUGGAACCAGAAGGUUUCUACUUGGAACCAAAAAUAGUUCUUAAAAGGGUUCUCCUAUGGGGACAGCCGAAGAACCCUUUAAGGUUCCAGAUAGCACCUUUUGUUUUAGUGUACAGGGUGUUAAUUUUUCAUUUGCGUCAGUAUGUAAAUCGAAUCAUUGUGCUCUCAUCCACUGUGCCUCAUGGCUCCUAAUACGGUCGAUAUAUUGCCUGUUUAAAACGUAUUAUUUGAAUUGUAUAUAUCUCUAUAGUAUACAUUAUAUGUCAUUUGGAUGAGGUACAGUUGAAAUGUACAUAAGUCUACACGUGUUUAAUAGCUAUCUGAAUGUUCCCUUCCCUUCUCACCCUCCCUUGUCCUAAUAUGAUACUCCCUCACCCCUAAUGUACAGUAAUGACGUUAAUGAUUUCCUUUGCGCCAUUAGUUGAUUGUUUAAUAGUUCUGGACAGCGAAGCUGAGUGUUAAUAUCACUGGCCACUCACUUAUGAAGCUGUAAAAUAUGAACCAUAUUCAGUGGAUUUAUGGAGGCAUAUUCAUUUUUUAAAUCAAUUCAAAUAAAAUGUAUGAAAAAUGUUUCAUGGCA